AUGUUAGGAUUGGGCGACCCAGAGAUAGAAGUCGUAGCGCCCUCGGAACCGAAGCUAAGCGCAGCGCAGCCACCAAUUCAGAAUGGCGGCAACGUGAUCGAACUCGUUGAGACACAGACUAUGCCAUCUAUGGAGACGGUCUCAGAUGAGAACGGGAGCAUAAAAACGCGCAGUUUUUCUUUUGAGUGCAACACGGCAGAGAGCAGUCACCCCAACGACUCAGGGAGAGUGAACACUGCGAGAGCCUCUAAGCCAGACAGGAAUUAUCCAAUGCAACGAGGAUCUGCGUACCAGAAAGGAAGUCGUGGAUUAGGAGGACGGUCAGGUCCGCCCCAUCUUCGACCUCCUGUACCUGGGCGAAAUUCCUCACCUCCUAGAAUCGCGCCCACGGAGCCUAAGUUUGAGCAUGAGAUAGCUCAGAAGAUCGAUAACUAUGCAGCGGAAGUGGCCCAAUUGAGACGAGAACUAGAGGCAGAGAGGCGAAGGAAUACGACGCCCCCACUGAACCAGGGACCUAUCUCCUCCUCGCCGAAGUCGAAAGAGAGAACACCGGAUCUGAACACGAGUAGGCGAGCAAAUAAGAGGAGGUGGGGCAACUCACCUAAGGAUGGUGAUUGGAAGAAGCACGAUGGACCAUGGACGGCGCGGGCCUCCCCACCGACUGAUGAGCCGAAGGACGAACGUUCCUUUGCCGACGUGAUAAGAGAGGAGCAACAACGAGAGAAAGAGGACGAGAAGAAGAGGCAGGCAGAUGAUGAGAGGACGGCAGAGAAGAACGAAGUUAGGGAGUCACUUAAGCGGGCCCCCCACAUGCCGAUGAUAGCAGCCAGUAGAGAUGUUGUGGACUGUAUCGUGGAGGCUAGGGAACGGAUGGACGAGUUACUGGAGAUGGGGCGGAACUUCAAGAGUGAACAUGAUGAGUGGGUUAAGCUUUUAUACGAAGCCUUGAAGGAACAGGAAACUCUCAUUUACCAUCUCAACGAGCGGACUACGACGUUGAUGGGUGGACUUAGGGAAUCGGGCACGAAGAUCCAACUCAUGCACGAUCAGUUCCAGCUCCAAUUCACGAGAAUGGCAGACGCGGCACGCGCGGUGGAGAAGAUGUUCACUGCGACUCAUGAAGAAGAGUUGACGAACGACGAUUAUUAUUUCAUCGUCCUGGAAUGUCUAGGGGUAAUGCAACAUAGGAUAGGAGACGGAAUCUCUACGACGGAUUUUCGAUACCGCAACUUUGUUGCAUACACGCAGUUGUUAUGGGAUGCGUGGGGGACGAUAUUCCCACUCCCUUCCAUCCUGCCACCCAUGGACUAUACCGAGUUGGACUUGGCGCAAGAGCAGUUUCGUCGGGAUAGGUCGGCAGAACGAGAGAUGGAGGCAAGGAGAGUUGUGAGGAAUCAGAGGGCGAAGGAGAAGUUGGAAAAGGAGAAGAAAGAGGCGUUGAAAGGGAAGGAGAAAGAACAGAUCAGGGAAAGGGACGAGGUGAGGCCUUUGGAGGCCGAAACCUCGGGGUCCGCGAAGGGGAAGUUGUCCUUCAAGGAUGACCAAAUGAUGAGCGGUGAGGUGAAUAGGUCGGCCGCGGGAGGAAGGAAGUCCAAGAAGACUAGGACUUAG